AGUAUUUAUAUUGCCGUUCGCGGUCAUACUUGGCCCACGCUUCUCCAUUCCUCUCGCCGAUUCCUAGAUCAUAGCCGGCAAUAACGACCAUAACAAUGAGUUUCCUUAAGCCCAAAACACACAUAGAGCAAGGCGACAUUGUCAUUCUCUAUCUGAGCGUGAACUCCAUGCACGCCAUCGAAGCGGUGCCGACGAUAGUAAACAAAAAAGGCGAAACCAUUGCGAACAUCUUCCAGACGCCCUACGGCUCACUUAAAGUACAAAGUAUUAUUGGGGUGGAGUAUGGCAGUCGCGUGGAGCUGUCCAAAGGCUGGGCGCACGUGUUGCAGCCAAAUCCGGAACUGUGGACGCAGACGCUGCCACAUCGCACACAAAUUAUAUACACGCCUGACAUAAGCAUGAUACUUCAUCAGCUGGAGGUACGACCCGGCGCAGUGAUUGUUGAGUCUGGCACUGGGUCCGGGUCCUUGUCGCACUAUUUUCUGCGCGCACUAAAGCCCACGGGUCGCCUGCACACUUUCGACUUCCAUGAGGCGCGAGCAGAUCAGGCGCGCGACGAGUUCAAGCGACACGGACUAGGCGACUUUGUAACGGUUUAUCACAGAGAUGUGUGCAAUUUGGGCUUCACCAGUGAGCUGGAUGGUGCGGCUGAUGCGGUGUUUUUGGAUCUACCCGCGCCGGAUUUGGCGGUGCCACAUGCAUUCAAGGCGUUGAAGUUGUCGGGCGGUCGCUUUUGUUCGUUCUCACCGUGCAUAGAACAGUCGCAGCGCUGCAUAAAUGUGCUCACCAAGCUGGGCUUCAACGAGAUAUGCUCAAUGGAGGUACUGCAACAGGAGAGUGUGAUCAAAACCCGUUCACUGCCGGUCAUCGAUUUGGAGUUUCUCAAAGCACCUAAAAGCACAGAGAGAAAUCCAAAUGACGACAUCAAAUCAAAGGAACCCAAGGAGCUGAAAAAGUAUUUAACCUCCAGUAAUCCUCAAGUGCUGCCCGGUCAUACGGGCUUUCUCACCUUUGCCACCCUGCCGCCCAACAUACCCAAAGCUUAAAUGUCGUUUGUUUAAUAAAUUUGUAGUUCCUUUUA